AUGAAUUCCGAACAAGCAGCUUUCUUUAACCCAACGGGAGCUUUUGUUCAAGCCCAGCCGCAACAACAAUCAACACCACAGCCUAUUCGUCUUGCGCAUCCUACCACUUAUCACUUGCAACAAACUCAAUUGAGAAACCAAAAGCAAAUCACCAGCGAUGGAGCACCACCAACUCCCAACAAUUCCUAUCAGUCUAAUAAUACUCUUUCAAACAACUCUUUUUCUAGUAGCACAAUAGACCCUCAAAUUUUAUCUAUGGAAACAGACUCUCCGGACCUUAAUCAAGAAAUGGACUUUGAUAAUUCAAAUACGGUGAUGUCCCCAAUUUCAAAUACACCAUCCCUUGGUUCUCCACCUACUCAUCCUGACGGCUUUGACCCUGACGAUUUCGGACGAUCUUUUAAACCGACCUCUCAUUUAGAAAGUGGUUCACCUUUUGGAGAGUCCCCUGGUAAUGCUUCAAUUUAUUCUUACGGUGCUGAAAACUUAGACUACUCGUAUGUUGAAGAAUUUAGUCCAAUGAGCGCUCCUACUACUUCUGCAAUAGGUCCAAUGGACGUCAAGACAAACAUGAACAAUUCAAAUGCAAAAUUCUUCAGACAACCUCACAACAGUUUCGGUACUCAAAUUAGUAUGUCUCUACCAGUGCAACUCGGAGGUGAAUGGUUCGAUAACAAUAACUUUCAACAAGGCGCUCACCCAAGCUCACUGCAAUUUCCUGCUACUGGUGAAAAUAUGCAGUUGAUGGCUUCUGGCUAUUUGGAUUCCGAUGAAAAUGAUAGUGUUCAAAAACAGUAUGUAUUCAUUAAUCUAAAAUGGGCUUUAUUAUAUGAGAAAAGACGUCGCCGACGCGAGUCGCAUAAUGCUGUUGAACGUCGUCGCCGGGAUAACAUUAACGAAAAGAUUCAAGAGUUGUCAACUUUAUUACCAGAUUUAUAUAUUGAUUCAGCUAAUAAACCCAAUAAAGGCGUGAUUCUUCGUAAAUCCGUUGAUUACAUCCGACAUCUUAAACAGAUGAUAGAACAACAUAAACAAUUGGUAGAACAACAUAAGAAUCGCAAUGUAGAGUUGGAAUCUAGAGUCCGGGAAUUAUCAAGCUCAGGAAUACCUAUUGAUAAUAAUUCCGGUUCGAUUUCAAACAGAAUGGAUUUGAACAAUUCUUCAUCAAUCGGUGGCCUAUCUGGAUCUCCUCAUAAUAUGUCAUAA